CCAAACAUCAUUUUCCUUUCUCCCUCUUCCAAAAUGAAAACAAAGCAGAGCCGCCACUGUACUGCUUACUGAAGCGAAAACUAAGAUUCUUUUAAAAAAAAAAAAAAAGUAAUUCAUCACAUGAACUGCAUGCUUGAAGUAGACAAUCUGUUUGCUAAAAAAAUGACUUCUUCAAUGCACAUUUGCUCGAACACAACAAUCUCCCACCCAAUUAAUCUCCGCUGUUUAUUCAGCCAAGAUAGGAGAGGAAGGCCGCAAAUAAUCAGAUUCAACGGCCGGAAAUCAAUUGCCACCGCCUGUCUUAACGUGGACGUGAGAGCACAGAAUAGUGAUGGGAAAGUUGGAGUGGUGAGAGAGAGUAAGGAGGUAAUGGAAGCGGAAGGGAAGUUUAUGGUGGGGACAUAUGCAAGGGCACCGGUGGUAUUGGCUAGUGGCAAAGGUUGUAAAUUGUAUGAUGUUGAAGGGCGAGAGUAUUUGGAUAUGACUUCAGGGAUUGCUGUGAAUGCUUUAGGGCAUUGUGAUCCUGAUUGGGUUAAGGCUGUGGUUGACCAGGCUGAUGUAUUGACUCAUGUUAGCAAUGUGUAUUAUUCCAUUCCUCAGGUGGAGCUUGCUAAGCAUCUAGUAGCUUGCUCUUUUGCUGAUCGUGUAUUUUUCACAAAUUCUGGAACGGAAGCAAAUGAAGCAGCUAUGAAAUUUGCCAGGAAGUACCAGAGACACUCAAACCCUAAUGCUGCUGAGCCAGCCACAGAGUUCAUAUCAUUCUCUAAUUGCUUUCAUGGGAGGACCAUGGGUGCACUUGCUUUGACAAGCAAAGAACAGUAUAGAUCACCUUUUGAACCCCUUGUGCCUGGAGUUACCUUUGUGGAGUAUGGAAAUAUAGAAGCAACAAGAAAAUUAAUUCAACGGGGGAAAACUGCUGCUGUUUUUGUUGAACCCAUUCAAGGUGAAGGAGGCAUCUACAGUGCAACAAAGGAAUUUUUAGAGUUUUUGCGGGCUGCUUGUGAUGAUGCUGGGGCUCUUCUGGUCUUUGAUGAGGUGCAAUGUGGUUUAGGCAGAACAGGAUAUCUCUGGGCCCAUGAGGCAUAUGGUGUCUUCCCAGAUAUAAUGACACUUGCUAAACCACUUGCCGGAGGUUUACCCAUUGGAGCUGUAUUGGUGACAGAAAGAGUUGCUUCAGCCAUAAAUUAUGGUGACCAUGGAAGUACUUUUGCUGGUGGUUCUCUUGUGUGCAAUGCUGCCCUAACUGUUGUACAGAAAAUAGGGAAACCAGAUUUCUUGGCCAGUGUAUCUAAGAAAGGGCUGUACUUCAAAGAAAUUUUAAAGCAGAAACUAGGUGGAAACUCACAUGUGAAAGAAAUUCGAGGAGUAGGCUUGAUUAUUGGAAUUGAGCUGGACGUAUCAGCAUCGCCUCUUGUGGAUGCAUGUAGAAAUUCUGGCCUGCUAGUAUUAACUGCUGGAAAGGGAAACGUUGUGAGGCUUGUGCCUCCUUUGAUCAUAACAGAAGAGGAACUCGGUAGUGCAGCUGAUAUACUGCAAAAUACCCUCCCAGUACUUAAUGAGAGUGAUUCAAAAUAGGAGUGAUUUUGUACUAUUUCACACUAUGAGUACCUCUUAGUAUAAUCAAAACGCUGUGUAUUGUGAUUAUAUAAAUGGAGAUAAUUCAGACAUUUAAGUAGUCUAA